CAUUCUCAACACAGAUCAUGUGCCUCAGUGUUCAGCCACUGGCUCGCCUCUCCCUGCUGCAGGAAGUCGAGCUUGUUAUUCUUUAUACCCCCUCCUCCACCUCUCCUCUUCUCCUCCAUUCUUUUCUUUCCUCUUAGAGCCUGACAUCCCCAUUCACUCACACCAUUUCUCUCUGCGCAAUCGCUCUCUCUGCCUCCUGCUCUGUCAGGCCAAAGAGAGAGAGAGAGAGAGCUGUGUCUGUGUUGCCGUGCUGUAGCCCAGGCUGAGAGAGAGAGAGACAGAGGACGCUCGUGAGAGGAGGAACAGUCACUACAGUGCACCGAAGGAGAGGAAGAGGAGGAAGAAAGAAGGAAAGGAAAGGAGAGGCCUCCACUGUGGCCAGGAGAUCCAGCGGCAGCCAGUGAGAACCAGCCAGGUAGAGAAGGAGAGGCCCCCACUGUACCUACGAGAUCGUGGGGCAACCAGUGAGAACCAGCCAGGGAGAGAAGAAUCCAGGGAAAAGCCUGCUAAAACCAGCCAGACCAGGCGGUCAUGGAGGCCCAGGUGAGGGAUCUAUCCCUCCUGUCUCCCCUGGGCACCAACGAGUCCCUCCCUCCCCCCACCCUGACCCCGGCCGUACCCCCUUACGUGAAGCUAGGUCUCACUGUGGUCUACACUGUCUUCUAUUUCCUGCUAUUCCUCUUCAUCUAUCUACAGCUGUGGAUGGUGCUGCGCUACAAACACAAGCGGUUCAGCUACCAGACAGUGUUUCUCUUCCUGUGUCUGCUGUGGGCUGCGUUGAGGGCCGUCCUCUUCUCCUUCUACUUCAGAAACUUUGUGACAGCCAACACACUGGGACCAUUCCCCUUCUGGCUGCUCUACUGCUGCCCUGUCUGCCUCCAGUUUUUCACCCUCAGCCUCAUGAACCUCUAUUUCGUCCAGGUUGUGUUCAAGGCAAAAUCGAAAUAUGCACCAGAGCUUCUGAAAUACAGGUUACCCCUGUACCUCCUCUUCCUGUCCAUCAGUAUGGUCUUCCUGGUAGUAAACCUGACCUGCGCCCUGCUAGUGAGGAUGAGCAGCACAAAGGCCCAGACCAUUGUACUGAUCAGAGUAGCCAUCAACGAUACGCUGUUUGUCCUGUGUGCCAUCUCCCUCUCCAUCUGCCUCUACAAGAUCGCAAAGAUGUCCCUGGCUAAUAUCUACCUGGAGUCCAAGGGAACCUCGUUGUGCCAGGUGACAGCUAUAGGAGCCACAGUCACCCUGCUAUACACAUCCAGAGCCUGUUACAACCUGCUGGUUCUGGCCCUCACCAACGUUAAGAUCAACUCCUUCGACUACGACUGGUCAACGUUUCUGACCAGGUAAUACUGUACGGCAGUG